UAAAUGUGAAUUGAUUUACUUUUUCCAAUGAUACUAUAAAUAAAUUGCUUAUAGUAUGAGUGAGUACAGUAUCUGGGGUCGUAUAUGUUUACAAACCGAUCAACACGGUAUAUCGGAUGGAAGAAAAAAAAGCAUGUUUUUCAUGUGAGAAGUAUACUUACUAGUGGUUUUUAAACAAUUUUUGCUAAAUAAAGUUUAUAAGAGUGUAGAAUUUAAGCACUCAAAAUAUCAGUCUCGUGAUUUUGCUCUACAUUAAGUGGAACUUUAAAAAGCUUGGUGCAUAGCGUAAGUUCACUUAUUGUGCGUUUGGUGCUUGAACAACGUUGACGAUCUGAAAUUCGUGUCUAGCUAAUAAAUAAUAAAAUAUAUUUGCAAACUUAUAUUAAGGAUAGAAAAAUAAAUUAAAGUGAAAAAAAGAUGAAGACCGUCGCUACAUUAUUAUUUGUAGCAUGCGCCGUUGUGGCAGUCAUGUCAGCACCUGAUUGCCCACCAGAAGGUCAUGCUUAUGCUUAUGAGGCUCCAGCUCCAGUUGCUGCCAAAUUUGUCGCACAACCAAGUGUUGCUUAUGGAUAUGGAGAUUCAUACGGAUAUGCCAAGACUAUUUCAGCACCACCAGUAGUAACAAAAGCUGUUCUUCCUUCAGUAAGCUAUGCAGCUCCAUACAAUUAUGCUGCUGCCGUUCCAAGUGUCUCAUAUGCCGCUCCAGCUUACGCAAAAUCAGUUUCUUAUGGUGCUGCUGUUCCAAGUGUCUCAUAUGCCGCCCCAGCUUACACAAAAGCAGUUUCUUAUGGUGCUGCAGUCCCAAGUGUCUCAUAUGCCGCCCCAGCUUACACAAAAUCAGUUUCUUAUGGUGCUGCCGUCCCAAGUGUCUCAUAUGCCGCCCCAGCUUACGCAAAAGCAAUUUCCUAUGGUGCUGCCGUCCCAAGUGUCUCAUAUGCUGCCCCAGCUUACGCAAAAGCAGUUUCCUAUGCUGCUCCAGCUUACACAGCCACAAAAAUCGUUUCACCAGCAGUGUCAUAUGCUGCCCCAAGUGUUUCAUAUGCAGCUCAAGGCUAUGCAGCCCCAGCUUACAGCAAAGCCAUCUCAUAUGCUCCAUCAGUUUCUUAUGCAGCUCCAGCUGUCUCUAAAGUAGUCGCUCCAGUCGCUUACAGCCCAGCAGUGUCAUAUGCUGCCCCAAGUGUUUCAUAUGCAGCUCAAGGAUACGCAGCCCCAGCUUAUGGUAAAACUAUCUCAUAUGCCGCACCAAGUUACGGACAAGCUUACUCUAAAGUGGUCGCUCCAGUCGCUUAUAGCCCAUCAGUUUCUUAUGCUGCACCAAACUACGGACAAGCUUAUUCAAAAGUAGUCGCUCCAGUCUCAUACAGCCCAUCAGUUUCUUAUGCUGCACCAAGCUACGGACAAGCCAUCGCUAAAGUAGUAGCUCCAGUCUCAUACAGCCCUUCAGUAUCUUAUGCUGCACCAAACUACGGACAAGCUUACUCAAAAGUAGUCGCUCCAGUCUCAUACAGCCCAUCAGUUUCUUAUGCUGCACCAAGUUACGGACAAGCCAUCGCUAAAGUAGUAGCUCCAGUCGCUUAUAGCCCAUCAGUUUCUUAUGCUGCCCCAGCUCAAGCUGUUUCAUACGGACAUGGAGGUUAUGUAUCACAAGCUGCUUACGCACCCGUACCUUAUGCUGCCGGUUAUGGAAGUUUCGGAGUUGCUGCACCAGCCCACACAAUCGUAAAAGCAGCACCAGCAGUCCUCAGUUCAGUAAUUGCUAAGCAACAUAAUUUAUAUGAUGAUCAUGGAGUUUAUGCCAACUCAUAUGCCAAAUACGCAUUCGAAUAUGGAGUUAAUGAUCCAACAACCGGUGACAUCAAGCAUCAAAAAGAAGAACGUGAUGGAGAUAUCGUACGUGGUCAAUACUCACUUGUCGAGCCUGAUGGUAAUGUAAGAACAGUUGAUUACUACUCAGACGAAUGGGGUUUCCAUGCUGAUGUCAAGAACUCAAAAGACAGAGUCCAUGCUUAAAUGUAAUUUUGUAUAAAAACAACAACAAAAAGUUUUUGAGACAACACCAAAAUGUUAUUUAAAUUCUAUAUCUCACCCAACCCAACCCUACCCACUCCUCGAACCGAAACUGAAAACCCUUUUUGAGGCAAACAACUUGAAUUUUCAUUAGAUUAUUAAGAUCAAUCAUCACAAUUAUAAAUAUGAUAUAUAUUUCUCAUGUUACCUUCAACAAAAUGCUCCACUUUAUUCAUCUACCUUCUAUUUUUUUUGUAUGUAAAAUUUCUUUGUGAUACAAGAAGUGUGUUAAAUGUAUGUAAAAAAAAAUAUGAACGAGGAAAGAAAAACAAAAAUGUAAUUUAAUUGAUCUUGGAAGAAGAAAUUAAGAUAAAAUUUUUUCUACUAUUUCCUUAAAACGAAAAAUAAAAAAAUACGAC